UAGUAGUAGAUUAGAUGAUAGUGAUAGACUAAUGAUAAUGCAGCUGAGAUAGAUGAUGAUGAUCUAGUUAUUCUAGUUUUAAGUUUAGAUGAUGAUCAUGAUGUCAUUGAUGAUGAUCUGAUUCUGAAUUGCCAUUGAUAGCAACUACCAACCCAUUUUGUAAAAUGGGCACUGGUAGCUCAUUCAUGCGAUCGCAUGAUGAUGAAGAUAUUCUGGGGUCAGACCUUGAGGGAACUAAUGGAGUGUUAAAGCGGAUCCCAAUAGAAAUAAAACCUAGAGGAAAGCUGGGCCUCCGGAGUGUCGGGUCUCUUGGUCGUAGCAAGCCAAAAGGUGGAAGUUUAAGAUCUGCCCUGUCCAUGGAUUUGGAAAACCCAGAGGUUGAACGAAUCAGGAAAGACUUUGAGAUGUACAGGCUGAACAAAGACAAUGAAAUCGCCAACAUGCAAAAGAAAGAGAAGAAACUUGAAACUGAGAACAAGAGACUCAGGGCAGAGCUCCUGGCUCUUCAGAAAACCUGCACACGCAUGAGGGCAGAGAGGGAUGCUGCCCUGGAGGCAGAGCAGGAGGCCUUGGCCAGGGCUUCUGUAUUUGAAUGUGAUAGAGAUAAAGUGCAGAGACAAUUUAAGCUUUUUAGAGAAACCAAAGAAAGCGAGAUUCAAAAUAUUCUACGAGCUAAACAAGAGUUGGAAAACAGGCUGUCCAAACUGGCAUAUGGGAGCAUAGCCCAAGAUGAUACUGACUCUCAGACUAGGCCAGGCAUAGUAGAUUUAGGCAAUUCUCACCCUGGAGACUGGUGGACUGCCCUUGAGAGUGAACCUUCCCUUGGCUCCACUGUCCAGCUUCACCAGGCAUCAUAUCUGAGAGGGCCAGAGUUUGCCUCCACGACACUGGAGAUGGACGGACCCUUCCUGAAUGUAAACAAAGAGGAUUGGAACCUAACUGGGAUGAAUGGAAACAGAGUAUUUCCUGCCGUCCCCAGCCACCUGAUGUUUCAGACAUUGAGAGUAUAUGUGUCAGUGUCUCCAGAUAUGGUGUCAGAGUAUGUCAGGUUUACAGAGGACUACCAGCCCAAGCUGUGUGAACUGUGUGAGAAAGAAUCUAAAGUUCUGACUAUAGUCUAUCUGGCAGUUGAGAGAAACUUGCCAGACUCAACAAUAUUUAGCCCAGAGCAAGAGCUGAGAGUACGCAGACAACAGAUUGACCAAGCUGAGAUAUUUAUAGCAUUUUUGGGGAGUUCCCUUCACAAGUAUUCUCACUUUGAGAUUAAACAAGCCCACCUUGAUAACCCUGGAAGCAAGACUGCUAUUUUUCUCAUGUCAGAAACCGCUGACAGCAAAAGUUCUAGACCUAGUCAAGAAAUGAGAGAAUUGAAAAGAAAAAUCAGGGAGUCCUCCACCUCACAUGUCUAUGUGGUGCACACCUCCCCUGCACCAGGCAACACAGCUCAGGCUGCCUACAGAGAUCUAGAGCGGGUCAUCAAACAGGAAGUAGGGAAUGACAAAGACAAUCAAGACAUGCUGUUGUCAGGUGACAGUCUUGGAGGAAUAUGUGUUGAUGUCCAGUCUGAUUCUGAACAAACAGAUUCCCUCAACACAGCUGUGCUGUCGACAUGUGAGAUGGGUUUUGAGAAGUAUUAUGAGCAUCUCAACACUCAAGUCUCUGCUGCUGGUCCAUUACCUCCCUUGCUUGUGGUUGGAACUCCAGGAUCUGGCAAAUCACUGCUGAUGGCGAAGUGGCUCCAGUUACAGGAAGAGAAAAACUCCAGCAGUCUGUUACUUUAUCACUUUGUUGGCACUCCAUCUUCCAUCAGUGCUGAUCCGAUAGUCAUGAUCAGAAGACACACAGCACAGCUAAUGCAGCACAUGUCUACACCUCCUGCCUUGACCUGUGACCCUGUAAGACUCGUUGAAGAGUUCCCUAGAUGGCUGGAGAAAGUAUCAGCCAAGAGUCCAGGGGGAGUAAUCCUGGUGCUGGACUCUGUGGACAGAUUUAAGCAAGCUGAUGUCCAUUUGAAGUGGCUGCUAGACCCUUUGCCUGUGGAUGCCAGAGUUAUAGUCUCUGUGAAUGAGGAGACCUGUCCACAAGCUUGGAGGUCAUGGCCGACACUUCAUAUAGAGCCCUGCACCAGCAAGCAUGUAAAAGAGCUACUUCUGGCAGAGUUGUCUUCUCUUAAUGCCUCUGUUGACCCCGAAAUUGAGAGAAAGAUAAUUAGUCAGUGCAGGACGCCGUCCAUGUGUUGUCCACUUUUUGUGUCUCUGUUGGCCAGACACAUUGCCAGUUUAGGUACAGCUGAUGUUGAUGUGGUUGAUAAGCAUGUCAUGACUCUGCUGACCUGUGUCAACAGUUUUGAACUGUACUGCACUCUGCUUGAACUGUGCAGUGAGCAUAUGACAAGUGAAACUAAGAGAUUGUUGUGUCAGGUACUCCAGUAUAUCUAUGCCAGCAGAUGUGGAAUGUUGGAAACAGAGUUACUGGCCCUUGUCCCACUUUUGACUUGGCAUGACCUAGCCUCACUGUAUGAAUUUCUGCACUCUCAUUUAUUUAUUAAAAACCAACUUGGACUGCUGACCUUUGGUCAUCAGCAGGCCCAGGAUGCUGUGUUUGAAUGUUAUUUCAAAGAUGGCAAGCAGACCCUGUCAGAAGUGAGACUCAAGUUGAUACACUACUUUCAACAAACCAUUAGGCCUAGCAAAGUCAGCAGUAGAGCUGUAGAUGAAUUACCUUGGCUUAUCAGCCAAACUGGCAGUCAUGAGGAAUUAGAGAAAUGUAUUUUAGAUCUUGGAGUCUUUCAGCAGAUGUGUGCCAGAGGCAGAAGUUCUGAGCUGCUGGUCUACUGGCAGGCUGUUGACUGGGACAAAGAAAAAAUAGCUGAAGCUUACUUCUCAGUGACCAAGAAUUUUGAAAACGAGGCAUGUCAUAAAAAUAUAAGUCUGUUAAGAGUGGCUGAAACAUAUGAAACUCUGGGCAGAUUUUUCAGGGAUUUAGGCCUUUUAUCUCAGGCUCUUCCUGCUCUGCAGCGAGCUUUGGAGAUCAGAGAGACUGAACUUGACCCCGACGACCCUUUGGUGGCCAGGUCACUUCAUCAGCUGGCUGUGUUGCAUGCCCAGUGGGGCAAGUAUAGCACAGCUGAGACACUGUAUCGGCAUGCCUUGGAGAUCUGCCAGAACACACUCGGUGCUGACCACCCCAUGGUUGCCAAAGAGCUGGAUGCGCUGGCUAUGUUGUACCAGAAGCAGGAUAAACAUGACCUGGCACAUCCCUUAAGAAAAAGAGCUUUUGCCAUCAAGAAGAAUAUAAGAAAAUCAAGAGGUCAAAUGGGGGAUCCUGGGAUGGACAAUCUCCAAAGGAGAGCUCUUCAACUUGAAGAGUUAGUUUUAGGGCCAGACUCUGUAGACUUGGCUCGCUCCCUAAAUGAACUUGGAGUCUUGUACUACUUACAGAAUAAUACAGAUUCUGCCGAGUCGUUUUUUAAGAGGUCCCUAGAGAUGAGAGAAUCCCUGCUUGGUCCUGAUCACCUGGAUGUGGCCUCCUCUCUCAACAACUUGGCAGCUCUCUAUAACGACAGCAAGAUGUAUGACAAGGCAGAGCCUCUCUAUGACAGAGCCUUGAUGAUAAGGAAGAAGCACCAGAGUCCUGACAGUCCAGGGGUGGCCAGUAUCAUCAACCACUUGGCCAGAUUGUACAAGCUACAGGGUAAAUUUGAUAAAGCUGAACCCUUAUACAGACAAGCCAUAGAAAUACGUGAGAAAGCUUUUGGACCUAAUCACCCAUCUGUGGCCACUGCUCAAGUUAAUUUAGCUGUCUUGAUCUCACAGCAGAACCGUUAUAUAGAAGCUGGUCCUUUAUAUGAGCAGGCUCUGAAAAUUUAUGAAGAGACUCUAGGUCCUAACCAUCCUCGAGUUGCAGAGACGUUGAGGAACUUAGCAGUCAUGAAAUAUGAAAUGGAAGACUUCCAGACAGCUGCUCACUACUACAAGAGAGCCACAGAGAUACGAGACCAUGGUUUGGCUUAUAAUGAAAAGACAAUGUCAAGGCCAAGCUCUAGUGUUGAUACAACAUCGACUGUUAAAAAUAUAUAGAACUCUAUAUAAGAAAUUGAGCAUUUCUUACAUUAACAAUAUGAAUGGACAAUUUAAAGUUGUCUAUAUAUUAAAUUUAAACAUAUUUAUGUUACUGUAUGGUGUCAAGCUCACUUAAUAAGAAUGAUUAUCAUUGAUGAAAGUAUUGCAUAAUUUUCAUGUGAGACUCUCCUAGAGUUUCAGAGUAUUAGUGCAUUAAUGAGCUUUAAGUCCAGGGAUUCGAUGUAUAAAGUAGAAUAUGUCUUAGGCCAGCAGUUAACUAUGGUGACAUGUGGUCAAUUCUCUGUCUGAGCACUUUUAUUUUCCUGAAUAUAUAAUACCAAGUAUAGUUGUGUGAACUUAAGAACAUUCUCAUCUCCACAAGGAUUUAAACUCAUGAUCCUUCAGUUUAGAAGCUAAGCCUUCCUUUGCUACUCUGCCUGCUAGAAAAUAUAAGGCUAUACAAAUUGAUACAAGCUAACAGAAAAAGGUAAAAUGUAAACAAAAUUUAGGAAUAAAAAAGUUUUAAAACAAUUUCAAAACUCUUCCCCGACAUCAGCUCAGAAAAUAGAGGCAUCCAUUUUAGAUGUUUUAGAAUCAUGAAAUUAUCAUCCCCUUGCUUUAAAAUGGCACACUCUUAUUAAGUGCACAUUUGCAGAAUGACAAUCUCAAAGUGCACACUUCAAGUUUGUAUCUAUCCAUUUAACUCACCCCAAAACAUACUUAUGUUUUCUGGAAGUUUUCAUUGCAUUGUAAAUAAGAUUAUUUUUUUGUUUUGUUUCUAUGAUCUAUCUAUUCUAGUCAAACUAACCCAAUGGUCUUUCAUAAUUACUGCUGACUUGUUAUCUAAGUUUAUAAAUACCUGUGAUCUUUGCCUGUCAUCGAGAUUGGUUUGCUUUUUUUUUUUUUUCUUUUUUGUUUCCAAAGCCAGGUUUGAAUGGUCAUUUGAAAGUGACCAUUUUGUUAGUCGAUUGUUUUUAUGUUUUUUUUUUAUUUGUAGUAGCUGGCUGUACUUAGCUAAAUAUUGAAAUGGAUUUAUUUUUAGAAUCUCAGGAUAAAUAUUACAAUCAUCUCGUCAUGUUACCCAGAAUUCUAAGUUAAUCUGUCAGUAUUACAAAAUGUAUGAUCUAAUAUUAGAUCAGUAUUACAAAAUGUUUGUGAUGUAAUAUUAAAUAAAUUAUGGCUUUUAUAGAGCACUACUUUCAUGCUUAUGCUCAGAGCGCUUUGGUCCAAUCUCAUUUGUGGACCAUUGGGGGGGGGGGGGGUGGAGGGGGUAUCUAGGAGAAGAUUUUCCUGGUUGCCUUUAGGCCCUCAGUAAACACAACUCUGCUAGAGUCGGGUGUCAAACCUCAAGCCCCCUUCAUAGGUAGCCAAUCCAAGUUCAAGCAUACUUGGCCUCUCGACCACGCUUCCCAUUAGAAGGAAUGUGUUGAUAAUGUUAAUGUGUAUUUACUUCAAUCAGUAUUGUGUUCAUCCUUUGUUUAACCUGCGGUGGACAGAAGUGUGAAGAAAAAAAGGUUAUUUUACACUUUUGUUUGUUUAAUCAAUGAAAAACUGUCUUGGAAUCCCCAUAUUGAUGAAACUAUCAAAAAAUCAAACAAAGCAUUAGGGUUUAUUAAAAGAAAUUUCUAUAAAUCAAAUAAGAACAUAAAACUAAAAUGUUAUUUAACUUUGGUUAAGCCAAUAAUAGAAUAUGCAUCCUCUGUUUGGGACCCCUCUACUCAAGAAAACAAUAAGCAGCUGGAACAGACACAAAAUAGAGCAGUAAGAUUCAUAACAAACAAAUAUCACAUUUGACUAGAGUAACACCAUUAGUAAAAUCACUAAUUUAGAAAGCCUUCAGGAAAGAAGACUUAAUCUUCAAAUACAAAAUUUAAUAAAAUACUCAGAAAGACACAAGGAUAAAGGCGCAUUCCUCGUUCCAUAUGCUAGGACAAGUUUGUACAAAUACUCCUUCUUCCCUAGUGCUAUUAGAGCUAGCCAGGAAAACAAGUGACUUGUCAGAAUUUAGGUCAUUGGUUAAUAUGCAUGACGCGUAGGACGUAAUCAUCUUUUUUGAAGUAACGUCUGUAUCUUAUAAGAUAAGAAGAUGAAAUGUCUGUGAGUUUAAAUACUACCAUUGUAAAGCUGAAUGAUAGAAACAGUAUAGACCUAGGUCAGUAUUGUAUUUAUUUACUCAAAAGAAGUCUGGAUGUACCAACCAAGACUACUUUGACUGAAAGGAAGGACAAAGGAAGCUAGAACUGUAAAGGUCAUUGGGGACAAGAGGCUGGUCUCAUGAGAUAACAGUCAGAGGUGAUGACCUUUAAACAAAAUGAAAUGGUGGUCAUUUUGUGAUGUCCUUUUUCAUAAAUGGCACUUCAUGAUGAACAAACUG